AUUAUUGAGACAUACAUGGACAAAAUGGCUGAAAACAUGAAAACAAAUCAAACAUCAUCCAUUCCGACAUACAGUCAGGUAGCAUGUGUUGGUGCCGGGCUAUCUGCCAUAGCCCUCGGAGCUACAUUGAAGCGAUGGUACCAGUUUGAUGACAUACGGUUUUUCGAUAGACAUUCUGAUGGCGGUGGAACAUGGUCCAUCAACUCCUAUCCAGGAUGCGCCUGCGAUGUUCCAAGCGUCCUCUAUAGCUUCUCGUUUGCGCUGAAUGCAAGCUGGACCAAGCUCAUGCCGUCGUACAAGGAGAUCAGCAAGUACCAUCAGGGCGUUAUGGACGAGUACAACCUGCGUGACAAAAUGACCCUUUCAACAGAAGUGUAUAGAUGCGUCUGGCGUGAGGAUGCAUCUAGAUGGCUUAUAUUCUUACGAGACGUCAAUACUGGCCGUGAAUUCACCCACGAGUGCCAGAUCCUCUUUGCUGCCUCUGGUGGACUUGUAGAGCCUCAACCCUGUGAUAUCCCAGGUGCCGAUACAUUCAAUGGGUCAAUCUUUCAUUCUGCAAGAUGGAACCAUGAUGUAUCUUUAGAAGGGAAGAAUGUGGCAGUCAUUGGCAAUGGGUGUACGGCAACACAGAUCGUCCCAGCCAUUGUCAACCGCGUCAAGUCUCUCACGCAAUUUAUUCGGUCACAACAUUGGGUCUUUCCCUCGGCAAACAUAGCCUACCCUUCAUGGUUGCAGUGGACCUUUCGCAAUAUUCCAUUGACUAUGCGAUUGCACCGUUUCCAAGUAUUUUUGAUGGCAGAGAAUGACUUUCGCCUCUUUCCCAUGACAAAGGCUGCAGCCAAGUUGCGGCAGGCAAGAAGGGAGACGGUGGAUAUGUACAUGCGAGAGACUGCUCCAGCUAAGUACCACGAUAUUCUGAUUCCUGACUUUGAGGUUGGGUGCAAGCGGCGAGUCUUUGACGCCGGGUAUCUCGAGUCUCUGCACAAAGAAAAUCUCCUUCUCACCGAUUCCAAGAUCGAAGAGAUCGUUCCAGAAGGUAUCAAAACCGCCAACGGGAUUAUUCCGACCGACGUCAUCGUCCUGGCUACCGGUUUCCAAACAAACAAAUACCUGUGGUAUAUGGAAGUCGAGGGCCGUGACGGAAAGACCGUGCACGAGCACUGGUCCAAGUAUGGAGGUCCAGAGGCAUAUAAUACCUCUGUGAUGAAUGGAUUUCCUAACUUUUUCCUUUUACUUGGGCCGAAUUCGGUGACGGGGCAUACAUCUGCUCUCAUGGCGGCGGAAAACUCUGUCAACUACGCUCUGCGGAUAUUGAAGCCUGUUCUUGAUGGAAAUGCGACUUCGGUGGAAAUCAAGGAGAAGGCAGAGGAUGACUACGCACAGAAGGUUCAGGAAGCACUUCGAAAUUGCGUUUGGCAUGCAGGUUGUAAAACUUGGUAUGUCAAUGAUAAAAGGUGGAAUUCCAUGGCCUAUCCAUGGACACAGGGCCAUUUUUGGUAUAGAAGUCUGUUUCCUGUCUGGUCAGACUGGAACAUAAAGAAGUCUCGAAAGAAUAGUCGGUCGAAGAAGACAAUCGGAUUACUGGCGUUGAUGUUGCUGGGCAAUGUAUAUCUGGCUAAACUUGGGAGUUCUUUCUUUGGCAAUUUGCUUGUGAAUUUAUUUGACCGGGUUAGAGGAUAUACCAUGGGAAACUGAGGAACAUCUAUGAUGGCGUUUAUGGAAUAAUGUCUAUGGUUUAUAUCAGUACAAAGCAUCAUACUAAAACACCAACCACUAUACAGCAUCUACCAUAAGUAACUAAACACUAAAUACACUCAUGAAGCAAUCUUCCCUGUCUUCGAAUCAACCGUUUGCCUCCCCCGAAAAUCAACCCUCAACUUCUGUGACUCACCCCGUAUCCCCAUCUGAACCCAUUCCGGCGCACCUCGCUAUCUUCAUUAGCCAAUAUCAAACAAAACAAUGUACGAAUACUCACAAUCCCCGCCAAAAACCUCAUUAUACCAGGUAAGUAGAUCGUCCGUGCAUAUCCACUAUACAGCGUAUCCACAAUCGCAUCCCCG